AAUGUUUCAAAUUCUUCACAUUAAUUAUGACAUUUGCAUUAGCUCAAGAUCUGGUCAUCAAAUAUCGACCCAUUUCCCCAUAUAAAUCCAACCCUCCUCCUUCACAAAACCUCACAACUCAAAUCUGUAAAAAUGGUGUCUUUUUCAAGAUUUCUUGUUCUUCUGUUCUUGAUUGCAUCACUUUCCUCCUUUUCUUCUGCAAACCCUAUUCAAGAUACCUUCCAUCAAUGUCUUUCUCUCGAUACAAACUCCAUAUCUCAGCUUCCCACCAUCUUUUUCACCCCAAACACCACUUCUUUCACACCCAUUCUCAAUUCAACCGCACAAAAUCUCAGGUGUAUCGCUUCGUAUGCUGCGAAGCCUGAGCUGAUUUUCACUCCGUUGCACGAAACCCAUAUCCAAACAGCUGUGAUUUGUGCGAAAAAGCUUGGGAUUCAGCUUCGAUUCAGGAGUGGAGGACAUGAUUAUGAAGGGAUCUCGUAUACAUCUGUUAUGGAACCUCCAUAUGUUGUUAUUGACUUAGCCAAGCUUCGUGGCAUUGAUGUUGAUAUCGAAGAUGGUUCGGUCUGGGUCGAGGCUGGUGCCACCAUUGGUGAGCUUUACUAUCGAGUUGCCGAAAAAAGCAAGACUUAUGGAGUUCCGGCGGGGCUGUGCACCAGCCUCGGUGUCGGUGGGCACAUCACGGGUGGUGCGUAUGGCUCCAUGAUGAGAAAGUAUGGGCUUGGGGCCGACAAUGCACUCGACGCGAAGAUCAUCGAUGCGAAUGGUCGGAUUCUUGAUCGGAAAGCCAUGGGAGAGGAUGUUUUCUGGGCCAUCCGUGGCGGCGGCGGCGGCAGUUUCGGUGUCAUCGUUUCAUGGAAACUGAAGCUCGUGCCGGUGCCGGAAACCGUCACGGUGUUUAACGUCCAGCGGACGUUGGAAGAGGGUGCAACAAAGAUUCUUUACCGGUGGCAACAUGUUGCAGAUAAGCUCGAUGACGAUCUUUUCAUUAGGGUUUUGAUUUCAGCUUCAAAUGUACCAAACACAACUCGAAGAACAGUGAGUACAACAUACAAUGCAUUGUUUCUUGGAGGCGUAGACAGGCUUCAACAAGUCAUGAAAAAGGGUUUUCCUGAGUUGGGUUUGGAGCCAAAAGAUUGCAUUGAAAUGAGUUGGUUGGAAUCCGUUUUGUUCAUCGCCGGCUACCCAAGAACCGUCCCGACCGCCGUCCUACUCGCCGGAAAACCAGCUUUCUUGAACUAUUUCAAAGCAAAAUCAGAUUUUGUGACAGAACCCAUCUCAGAAAAAGGGUUGGAAGGAAUUUGGCAGAGGUACUUCGAAGAAGAAAGCCCAUUUAUGAUAUGGAACCCAUAUGGAGGGAUGAUGGGAAGGAUUCCAGAGUCAUCGAUCCCAUUUCCUCAUAGAAAUGGGACACUUUUCAAGAUUCAGUAUGUGACAAGUUGGAUGGAUUCUGGGAAAGAAGCCAUGAACAAGCAUGUGGAUUGGAUCAGGAAGCUUUACAACUACAUGGCUCAGUAUGUUUCAAUGUUCCCAAGACAGGCUUAUGUGAAUUACAGAGAUCUUGAUCUUGGAAUGAAUGACAAAGAUGGUGGUGACACUAGUUUUGUGAAGGCAAGUUCAUGGGGAACUAAGUACUUCAAGGACAACUUCAAUAGGUUGGUGAAGAUCAAGACUGAGUUUGAUCCUGAUAACUUCUUCAAGCAUGAACAAAGCAUUCCAGUUUUACCCUUGAAAAGUAGAAGUAAGAUAACUCAAAGAUUCAAGCAUGGGAAGAAGGGGAAGGGGAAGGGGAAGGGUAAAAAGGUAAUUCACCAUCAUUAAGGGUUUUUUUUGGGGGGGUUCAUCUUCUUCAAUUUCUUUUUCUUUCUUUUGUGGGUAAGUGAUAUAAAGAAGCAUGGUGACAAUAGUAGAAUAAGUGUGUGAUGGGGUACAUGUCAUGAGUGUGUUUGUGGUGAUUAUAUAAUAUACAUAUUUUAUCUUAGGAUAAGACUUUGGAAAGGAAUAAUAUUUGUGAAAUUUGAUGUGUGAGAUUGUUAUUGGUUUAUGGUGAAUGU